GAACUUAGCAUCAAUUGGUGUCUGCAUCAGUGAGAAGAGAGGAACAGAUGAGAAUAAAUUAAUGUACAAUGGAGUUCUUCAUCCUUGUGUUACUGUUCAGCCUCUUGACAACCAAGGGAGCAGUGGCUCAAGAUGAUUUGGACUGGGACGGUUUUGGAGAGGCUGAUGGCAGUCUGUAUGAACUCAAACCAUUGUCCAUCAUCGGAUUCCAUACGGAACAAAGUUCUGACUAUGAUAGCAACCUAUAUCCAUCCUCUAAAGGUGUAGACGGAAACGUAGAUCAUGGCUUCUUCCAUACACAGAAUGAUGAGCAUUCGUUCUGGACAGUUCAACUCAAGGAGGAACACUGUAUUGGAAAGGUCACCCUUUUCAAUCGUAAAGACUGUUGCGGUGCACGUUUAGCGAACGCCGUUGUCCGAGCUGGGGUCAGUCCAUUCUAUAGUCUGAAUCAACGAUGCGGGUCACCAGUGGAAUCCCACUUGGGCAAUGGGGGUGUCAUUGAUGUUUACUGUGACCCGCCGUUGUUGGCGAGUGAGGUCAACGUUGUUCUACCAAACAGGGAAUACCUACAUCUUCAUGAAGUUCAGGUUGAGGAGUAUCCUAUUCAACGAUGCCACCAAAUAGAAAGGAGAAUCUCCAUUCUGAAUUCCCCGACCGAACAAAGCUCCGGAUACGAUGAUACCAAAUACCCAGCGGAGAGGGCCGCCGAUGGUUUUAUUGGCAAGUUUGUAGGUUUCAGUCACACCGGUCAUGACUUUGAUCCAUGGUGGAGAGUAGAUCUUCUAGACACGCACUGCAUCAGUAAAGUGGUUUUGUUCAACCGUUAUGAUUGCUGCAGCGAACGUUUAUCGAAUGCUGUUGUGAGAGCAGGAACAAGUAAAGACAUACACACAAAUACCCGAUGCGGAUCAGCAAUCACCGCUGAACAAGCCAAGAUUAAAGGCGGAGUUCUGGCCGUCUACUGUGGACCACCGUUAUCGGGGCGUUACGUCAGUGUUAACAUACCAGGCAGAAACGAAUAUUUGCAACUACGUGAAGUAGAGAUCUACGAACUUGACGUCAACGAGUGUGAAAGUGACGAACGCCACUUGUCUAUAAUCGGUAAGCCGACGGAGCAAAGUUCUUACUAUGACAACAGGUACACGCCAGAUAAAGCUGCAGACGGAAACCUGGACACUAAGCUGUCACCAGAGUUUAUCUGUACACACACAAAGGAAGAGGAUGAUCCAUGGUGGAUAGUAGACCUUGAAGAUGAACACUGCAUCAGUAAAGUUGUCCUUCUCAAUCGUGGGGAUUGUUGUAGUGAGCGUUUGACGAAUGCUGUUGUUCGCGCGGGUACCAGUCACAACAUUCAAAGCAAUCCCCAGUGCGGAGAUGUAGUCAGUCGUGCCAUGGCAGCUCCACGCGGAGGCACAAUUGAGUUGGUAUGUGACCCACCGUUGGUGGCGCGUUACAUUAGCGUCGACAUACCCUCUGAUGAGCAUUCGUUUCUGCAGCUGUGUGAGGUGACAGUAAAGGAGUUCAUCGGAGAAGACGCGUGUCGAGAACCAGAACCGAUAGUCAUAAAAGCACCAGAACCGCAACAACCUGUCGAAGAACCAAAAGAAGCUGUCGAAGAGGAUAACCAAAAGAAGGUUCUUGGUGGUGGGGUCAAGAUUCAACAGGAUGUUCCAGAUGACAUGGGUCCCUAAGCUUCAAUCUAAGCUAACACAUGACAAAAGAACCAUUACUUAUAGCGUUUGAAUUGUCUCGUGUUUUAGCACAACCUAAACAAGGUUUUUGAUUCGAGGUUCUGAAAUUGUAUGUUUUAAUUCACUAUAUCCAAGUAGCGCAAUACAAAACAGGUUAUAUGUCUGUGGUUUAAUCCAUUGCCGUACAGUGGAUAGAUACAGAUAUCCAAUUAUAAUACUAAAAUUCUUAUUUAGUUAUCGUAGUAUUCAUCAUGGUGCGUUGGAAGCCUGUCUUAGAAAAAAACAUCAUCCAAAAAGUAGUUUAAAGGCAGUGGACACUAUUGG